AUGUUUCCGUCGGCGGGGAAGCGCUGCUUCACCAUCGAGUCUCUGGUGGCGAAGGAGAGCCCGCUCAACGAGGAGCCCAUCCGACCCACGGCCAUCUCCUACUCCAACCCGGCCACAGACGCCUUGAUGAGCGGCUACCAGGGGCCACCGGCCCGGUCCCUCUACCAGAGCCCGGACCUGAUGUUCCCCGACUCGGUGAACCACCCGUCUCUCACCGUGGCCCCGCACCAGCUGGGAGGGACGCACCUACAGCACCCGCACUUCUUCGGGACGCAGCACCGAGACCCGCUCAACUUUUACCCCUGGGUUCUGCGCAACCGCUUCUUUGGACACAGGUUUCAAGGCAGCGACGUGUCCCAGGAGAGCCUGCUGCUCCACGGUCCGUUCGCCAGGAAGCCCAAGCGGAUCCGCACGGCCUUCUCCCCGUCCCAGCUGCUCAGGCUGGAGCGGGCCUUCGACAAGAACCACUACGUGGUGGGAGCCGAGCGGAAGCAGCUCGCCAACAGCCUGAGUUUGUCCGAGACGCAGGUCAAGGUUUGGUUCCAGAACAGACGGACCAAGUACAAGAGGCAGAAGCUGGAGGAAGAGGGACCCGACAGUCAGCAGAAGAAGAAGGGAAACCACCACAUCAACAGGUGGCGCCUGGCCACCAAGCAGGCCAACAGCGAGGACGUCGACGUGACCUCUGAGGAUUAA